AUGGUUACCUCAACUCCAUAUUAUGCACAAGCUAAUGGGCAGGUGGAGGCAGCAAAUAAAAUCUUGAUAAGUCUGAUUAAGAAGCAUAUCGGGAAUAGGCCCCGAACAUGGCAUGAGACUUUAAGCCAAGUAUUAUUGGCUUAUCGAAAUUCACCAAGGGGGUCAACAAGUACUUCACCCUAUAAAUUGGUUUACGGCCAUGAUGCAGUGCUACCACUAGAGAUUAAUUUGAAUACUUUGAGAGUAUCAAAACAGAAUGAUUUGCCAGUUGAUAAUUACUGGAAUGCAAUGUUUGAUGAGUUGAAUGAAUUGGAUUUAGAGCGAAUCCUAGCACUUGAGAGUAUGAUUCGACAAAAAGAAAGUGUUGCUCGAAGUUAUAAUCGUCGAAAAGAAAAGUGUUUCAGUGUAAAAUACAGAGUAAAAGCCGAAAAUUCAAAGGUAGAAUUCAAAAGAUCAGAUAAAAGUUGGUUGAGAAGGGUAUCCUUGAUCCAUGCAGCAGGUGUUGUUACAGCAGUGGUUGAUCAGGUUCCACAUGAGAUGUGA